AUGAAGUUCAUACCUCUGCGCGACUUUGACAUUGUUGCCAGUGCCCUCAACUUUGACACUGCCGACUGCCACGUCACCGGUGGUUGCGACCUUUACACAACCAAGGCCGCCGGUUCCGACAAGAAACUGUAUAAGAAUAUCGACAAGUCGCUUGAGUCACAGCAUGCCGCUCUGCUCAAGCUGGGCGCCAGCCUGAGCCCGCCCCAGCGCGAGUCGCUCGCCGUCAGCCACAACCUGUCGCGGUCCAGCCCGUUUGGCAACCUCGCCGAGAUCUCCAGCCGCCGCACGUUUGCCUAUCUGAUCGCCACACUGAAUGCGUCGCAUCCAGACUACGACUUCUCUCAUGUGCUGCGGCCAGCCGACUUCCGUCGCGAGCGGAACCUGCGCCUGCUCAUGAGCACGAUUGACAGCACGCUUAGCAACAUGCGGCCCAACUCGUUUGUCGACAGCACGCUAGGUUCCGUCACCGGCACAUCGGUUGGAUCCACAGCGUCUUCGACAUCGCCGCCGUGGGGCCCCCAGAUGUGGGCCCUGAUCAAUAAGGAAAUGCACCUGCAAGAUUGCACCGCGUUUUCGUACCAGCCGGCCGAUAACCCGUUUGACGAAGAGGACGGUGCCAUCUGGGCAUUGCACUAUUUCUUCUUCAGCAAGAGCCGAAAGCGCGUUGCCUACCUGUACGUGCGUGGCGUGCCAGUCUUGGGGCAGAGCCCACUGCUGCUCUCCCGGCAGCAGCAGCACCGGCGCCUGUCCCAUUUCAGUAUGAACACACCGACCACUGCUGGCGGUGGCCGGGCCCGGUUCGGCCAACACCGCGGCAGCCGGAGCGGCCGGCAGGCAAGCGCCGCGGGUAUCAAUGGCGAAAACAGCAGUCUCUUAACGUCGGCGACAAAGCGUCCGGGCAUAGCCAUCCACGACGGCGGAGAUGCAGCGGGCAAGCGGGCGCGCUACUGGCUGGGCGACCAGGCCGACCAGCUCGUGUCGCUCGAGGAGAACGGCGACGAGGACGAGGAUGCAGAGAUGCAAGACGUCCUGUUUUGGAAACGGGAGGAUGACAGCGACACGGACCAGUACUUUGACGAUGCCGGUGGGUUUUUGACGGACGACGACGAGGACGAGGUCAACAAUCUGUCCAUGGACGAGCAGGACGAGGACGAGGACGAGAACGUGGGCAAAGGCGACCACUUCGACGUGAGCCACAAGCGAAAGGGACCGGUUCGCGCCAUGAGUGAAGACAUUGCCGCCCGUAUGGACAUGUAG